AUCACACACACCAUAAACGCCACAUUCAGUCGCGUAAUCAGUCAUCGAAUAAUCGGCGGCAUUUAACCUAUUUGUGUAUGGGAUACAGUUUUAUACAACCUCGUAAUGGCUGUGCGGUGCGUUUAUAAUCUUCACAUCUCUCUUUCUCCACGAUAUUAAUAUUUAUACAUCGCGCAAAAGAUGCAUCAAAAAUUCGGGCGCAAAACACAAACCCGCCAACGACCCGUGUGUGUCCCGAGGGGUUAAGGAAGCGCGCUGCCUGCCAUCCUCAUUUGGCUCACCCCAUCAUCGUGCCCACUGGCGAGAGAGGAUCCUGAUCGAUGAUCUUUUUUUUUGUCUGCCUAAUUUUUCCACUCCCCCAUCGGGAUUGAGUUUAAAUUGUAGCGUUGACCUUAACGCCACACGCGAAAGUGUUUUCUUCGCGAAAGUGUCACCCGCCGGGAUGAUGAUGCGGUCCGGGAAGGUUUGACCACUAUGACUUCUCCAAAAUUGGUAAAACCCCAAAAUGUCAAACGCCCUGUUUUGUUACAGAGGCAAGUCCGGGGACGGUUCAGUAUCGCCGUCGUCGUCGUCGUCGUUGUCCUGUCGGUUGAGAAGGAAUUCGUGACGUAAUGGAACAAGGCGCGUUGUGAAACACAAGCGGGAAUUUAUGCCUGGGUUGGCUUGGAAAAGGCUAGGAGGCCAUUUUUCCCUUCCUCUAAUUUUAGCAAAUCUCUAGUAAGGCGACGCUCAAUGCGCCCUGGAAAGUACAAGCAGAGGAAGGCAAAAACGUUACACCAAACAGCAGCAGCAUAGCGUGAUGUCACGGCUGCAGGUCAGGUCUCGGGGUGUGUUACGCCGAGAUAAGUGACACCAAAUUCAGGAAGAAACUGGUUCAUCGUGCCUCCCGUUCGAAUUCGUCUGCUUUGCGAAACGGUGGCACACGCUUAUCUCCGACUCCGGCGGGUGUAGCAGCUUUGUUUCGAGCGCAAUGGGUCUCGACGGUCCCAAAAAUCAGGUGAUUUUGGACGAGCGAGGGGGUGACUUGACUAAUUGAUAACGCAAUUUCAACGUACAGCCGGCCACCCAAAUCAGCGUGUUAAAUCAACAACGAAACAAAUUGCGACGACUGACGAGUGAAUUUCCUGCGCAGAGAGAAUGUGUGUGGACACAUUCGGGCUCGGGCUGCUGCUGAAGGAGAAGCUGAUCAAGCGCAUGAUCGCAUCGUACGUCGGCGAGAAUGCCGAAUUCGAGCGGCAGUAUCUGUCGGGCGAGCUGGAGCUCGAGCUGACGCCGCAGGGCACGCUGGCCGAGCGUAUCCGGGCCGGGGGUGCCGGCGUUCCCGCCUUCUUCACACCGACCGCCUACGGUACGCUCGUGCACGAGGGCGGCUCGCCGAUCAAGUACGGCCCGGGCGGGACGAUCGAGAUCGCGAGCGAACCGCGCCCGAUGCAGCUGUUCAACGGCAAGCCGUACAUCAUGGAGGAAGCGAUCACGGGCGACUUUGCGCUGGUGAAGGCGCACGUGGCCGACGAGGCCGGCAACCUGAUCUUCAACAAGUCGGCCCGCAACUUCAACCCGCCCAUGUGCAAGGCGGCCAAGGUGACGAUCGUGGAGGUGGAGGAGAUCGUGCCGGUCGGUUCGCUCGACCCGGACCAGGUGCACAUGCCGAGCGUGUUCGUGCAUCGCAUCAUCAAGGGCCCGUCGUACGAGAAGCGCAUCGAGCGGUUGCGGGUGCGGGACGCGAAAAAGGCGGGCGCGUCGGUGGUAUCGUCCACGCCGGCCGCCAGGAUGCGCGAGCGCAUCGUGAAGCGGGUGGCGAUGGAGUACCGGGACGGUAUGCACAUCAACCUGGGCAUCGGCAUACCGGUGCUGUCGUCGAACUACAUUCCGGCCGGUAUGAAUGUGCUGCUGCAGUCGGAGAACGGCAUCCUGGGGUUGGGUCCGUUCCCCGAGAAGGACCGCGUCGAUCCGGACCUGAUCAAUGCGGGCAAGGAAACGGUGACGGUACUGCCGGGUGCGUCCUACUUCUCGUCCGACGACAGCUUUGCGAUGAUACGCGGCGGCCACAUCGACAUUACGGUGCUCGGUGCGAUGGAGGUGUCGCAGUACGGUGAUCUGGCCAACUGGAUGAUUCCCGGUAAGCUGGUGAAGGGUAUGGGAGGCGCGAUGGAUCUUGUGGCUGCCCCCGGCACCAAGGUGAUCGUGACGAUGGAACACAACGCCAAGGACGGUUCGCACAAGAUUCUGUCCAACUGCAACCUGCCCGUGACCGGCCGGAACUGCGUCGACAUGAUCAUCACCGAGAAGGCCGUCUUCAACGUGGACAAGGAGCGGGGCCUGACGCUGAUGGAGCUGGCGGAAGACUGCACCGUGGAGGAGGUCAUUACCAGCACCGGUUGCGAGUUUUCCGUUUCACCCGACCUGAAGAAGAUGGCCCAGGUGGACAGCGCGUGAUAACACACACACACACACGGCCACGAUGCGAACAGAACAGCGACGUUCAAAUCAAAUGUAAAAAAGGAAAAGUUACAACAACAGAAAAAUCCCCAUUUGAGGCGCGCUCGUGGGGUAUUAGAUGUGUAAGGACAAGCACUGAACUGAAAUCAUUUUCGCAUGAUUUUCGCUCAGAUGGCAAACGCAUUUAGCGCAACGCAACUAACGUACGAUGGCAAAAAGUGGCAGCCAGUGCCAGUGAGUACACACACGAUGAACCGGCAAAUUCAACUAAACAUAAAUAUACAUAAGAACAGUUUGGAAAGCUCUUGCGGGAGGAUAAAGUCGUAUAUAGAAAUCUAAUUUCCCAACUCACUCACAAAACAAAACUUGUAAGAAGUGGCAUUGAAAUAAUAAUAAAAAAAACUGAAAUAUA